UCUUCCAACCCGACUCGAGCCCGCUCGUUGAUCAGGCGAAUGCUUGUUUCCUGUUCUCUCGUCAUCUCCCUCGAUGUGGCAGGCAUCCUCUCCAUUCGUCGCCAAAACCAUUCCGGCGGCGGCGGCGGCGGCGGCGGCGAGGCCGCGCUCUUUUCCGGCGCCGAGUGCCCGGAGGAACGCCAAUUCGACGGCCUCUAUCUCCACCGAGGACGUUGCGGGUGCAGCACCGCCUUUUCCGGCCCCACUUCAAACGCCGAAGUCCGAUGCCAUCUCCGCUCGCCAGUACCGCUCUCUGGUUUCUUCGCCCUCUACGCCCGUUCGCGCCCUGAAAGAUUUGAGCUUGCGACCUUCUCCUGAACUGGGUCUUCUCUCUCUCUUGUUCGUGCUCUCCAUGGCGAUCGGUUCGGUUAUCUCUUUGGCAAUCGUGUCCAUCCCGGCCAUGAGCGCGUUUCGGAGAUUAGCGACCUCCAUGAAUGACCUGUCCAGAGUGGCGUCCGAGGAGGUGCCGGGGACUCUGACUUCCCUGAAGCUCUCGGGCCUUGAGAUCAGUGAAUUGAACCAGCAGCUCAGCAAUCUCAGGCAAAAGAUCUCUGGCAGUAAUGGGAAGAGAGAGAGGGGCGGUAAGCCUAGGUCUUCCCGGAGGAGGAAUUACCCUUUUGUUUGACUGAUGAGUACAGGUUGGCUGCUUGAUUCAUGCUUGUGUUUGUAAAGUAUACAGCAAUGUGAGUUUGAUGUGUGUAAAUGACCUCAAAAGUCAUCCCCUUAACUUAGAGAGGCUGCAAUUGCGAUGAACUUGGCUUGCUUCUGCAUUAAGUCCUCUUUGUUGAGAGGUUGGACUCAUAGCAAAUAGUUAAUCAAGUGUUCAUAUAUAAUCCAGUAUUGGUGAACGCUGCAUUCAGAAGUGGAUUUUUUUUCAUA